UGACAUCAGCGCGGUUUCCUGCCCGCCGCCGCCGCCGCACCGUGCGCGCAGCCCCGAGCCCGGAGCCCCGCGGGCCCCGGGACCCUCCUGCAGACCCCCACUGCCAUGGAGUCGGUGGCCCUGUACAGCUUCCAGGCCACGGAGGAGGAUGAGCUGCCUUUCCAGAAAGGGGACACCCUGAAGAUCCUCAACAUGGAGGAUGACCAGAACUGGUACAAGGCUGAGCUCUUCGGCCGCGAGGGCUUUGUCCCCAAAAACUACAUCAAGGUCAAGCCACACCCGUGGUACGCAGGCAGAAUCUCCCGGCACCUGGCAGAGGAGCGGCUGCUCCAGCGCAAUCACCUGGGAGCCUUCCUGAUCCGCGACAGCGAGAGCGCCCCGGGCGAGUUCUCCCUCUCCGUCAGCUACGGGAAGCAUGUCCAGCACUUCAAGGUGCUCAGGGAGAGGAAUGGCAAAUAUUUCCUCUGGGAGGAAAAGUUCAGCUCCCUCAACAAGCUGGUGGAUUUCUACAGGAUGACCACGAUCACCAAAGAGCAGCAGAUUUUCCUGUGGGACGAGGACCAGACCCAGGAGCAGGCAUCCCAAGGCUCGUCCUCAUCCCGUGGUGGCACAGCCUCCCCACCAGGACCCAGGCGGUGCCACCCAGUGCCAGGGGCUGGCAGAUGGGGACCCCGGCCCUCAGCUCCCCUGCAGGUGAAGAGACCCCAAUUUGUGCAAGCCCACUUUGACUUCUCAGCCCAGGAGGGCUCCCAGCUGCCCUUCCUGCGUGGGGACAUCAUUGAGGUCCUGGGCUGCCCUGACCCCAACUGGUGGCAAGGGAAGAUCUACGGCCGUGUCGGGCUCUUCCCACGGAGCUACGUCCACCCCAUCCACAAGUGACCUUCAGGUGACCAUCCACAAGUGACCAUCCAUGAGUAACCUUCAGGUGACCUUCCAGUGACCAUCCACAGAUGACCUUCAAGUGACCAUCCACAAGAGACCAUCCACGAGUGAUCUUCAAGUGACCAUCCAUGAGUGGCCUUCAAGUGACCAUCCACAAGUGACCUUUGAGUGACCAUCCACAAGUGACCUUUGAGUGACCAUCCAUGAGUGACCAUCCAUGAGUGACCCUCACCACGCUGCCGCUGACCGGGCAGGACCCGGCCCCGUUUUCCCCCCUCACCAGAGCCACCCACACAGCCUGAGUGUCCCUUUGUCCCCAGGAUGGUGCCUGGUCCUUGAACCCUGGUCCGUGACCCGCAGCCCGGGGAUGGGGCUGGCAGUGCUGCUCCCCAGGGAGGGAAUGUAGAGUGUUCAACCACGGCCAUAAAACCUUUUCCAGAGGCACAAUCCAGUGGGAUGACAGCAGCAGAAGGAGUGAGCCCAAAACCCCAAACUUUGAAUCCUCUCCAAACCUUGUAAGCAAAGCCCCAGCUCCAGGGAGGGCUGCAGGCAGCCAGGACACAACCAGGAUCCACAACUCCAUGGAGGAAUUCCAGGACUCAGGGUACCAGGGAAGGCUGGUCCAGAGGGAUUCCAUCCUGUAGGUGCUGUUCAUAGCUGCAAAUUUAUAUUUUUUAUAUAUUUUUUUUAUUUAGGGCCAGUAAAAUGUGUUUUGAGUAUUGUC